AAUCCGCGCUCUGGAAACUGUCACGAGCUCAGUUCAGCCAAUAAAAUGUGAAUCGAAACAGCCGUCGUGCUCUGCUAGGAGCUAGGCAUCUUAGCUAGUUCGGGGCUAAUGGUUGAAAAAUAUUUUAGGUCGUUUAAAGUCUGCAUUCAGCUCUCACUGUACUGAGGAGUCGCUCGUAAGGUUGACAUCAUGGGUGAACCGCAGCAGGUCAGCGCCCUGCCUCCGCCGCCGACGCAGUACAUCAAAGAGUACACAGAUGAAAACAUCCGCAAAGGCCUGGCCCCCAAGCCGCCGCCGCCCAUCAGAGACCAUUACAUGAUGUUUGGCAACCAGUUCCAGUGUGACGACCUCAUCAUCCGUCCCCUGGAGAGCCAGGGCAUCGAGAGGCUUCACCCUAUGCAGUUUGACCACAAGCGGGAGCUCAAGAAGCUGAACAUGUCCAUUCUUGUGAACUUCCUGGACUUGCUGGACAUCCUCAUUAAAAGCCCGGGCAGCAUAAAGCGGGAGGAGAAGCUGGAAGACAUAAAGCUUCUGUUUGUCCACAUGCACCACCUGAUUAACGAGUACCGGCCCCACCAAGCCAGGGAGACGCUAAGGGUGAUGAUGGAGGUGCAGAAGAGGCAGAGGCUGGAGACGGCCGAAAGGUUCCAGAAACAUCUGGAAAGAGUGGUGGAGAUGAUCCAGGGGUGCCUCGCUUCCUUACCUGACGACUUGCCCCAGUCGGAGGGUUCGGAUGUUGCUUGCGGUGGGACUAAGAGUUCGUCUGCGGGGCCCAGUUUUGGUUGUUCUUCCGGACAGGCCCCCAUGCUGAAAAGCGAACCGACAGACGUGGAGGAAACGGGUUCCAGCUGCAUGGGAGCCGGAGUCCUGGACAAAAACACUGCUAGCUUAAAAAGGGACAAAACAUGGGACAAGGACGCCGCCAUGUGUAGUAUAAUUGAUGAAAUAGCUUAAAAUAGACGAUUUAAGUUUUCUUGUUACUUUUUGUACUCUUGAAUUAUGUCUCCACUUCUUCUGUGAGACAUUUCUUGCAUCCUCUAGCUUUUAUUUGAUUUAUUAAGAUUAUGUCCACUUAGGGAGUAUGUCCACUUAGGGAAUUUGAAUCUGUAGAUAGUUAAUGUUCUCAGUUUCAAGGUUUAUUUUUCUGUGAGACUCGAUAAAUUUCCAACUGCUGUUCACUCCUGCCACAACUGUUUGAUUCAGCGUCCUACAUAUAAAGGUGCAUUAUCUCUGUCACCAUGACUUGCACGUCAUGUAAUUCAGUGAAGUCACCAUAAGGUCAGUUCCUGCACGCCUGUUGCGUGCAACUCGCUUUUCGUGCUGCCUCUGUGGGCCCGGCUUUUAUUGCACACCGCCGCUGUUGAGAGAAACGCUCGUUUUUUAUGGAAAAGCGACUGCAAGUCUUCAUGUGUUCAGUUAUGAAAGGUUGCGUGCAUGCAUCACACCGUGCACAUGGCAGCACGGGAGAAGGAUCUAAGAGGAUGAAUCUGCAUGGUGAGUCAUAAUGGGUCUGAAUCUGCGGAGAAUAAAAAUGCAAAGCUUUGCAGUCGUGCAAAUACGUGGCAUUGUGACCGAGGAGGUUUUCUGGUGUUGUUUUGCAAAGAUGGAGGGGAAAUAAAUCUGGGAAAGAGGUUAGAAAUCUGCGUUUGAUUUUCACAUUUAAAGCUUGAAUGACCCUGAACGGUGACACAAAAAAACUUUGAUGUUCAUCAACGCAGAGAUUU